UGGCUAUGAUGGAGUGUGAUGUUGAAGACAAUAAUUUCAUUGAGUGGCUCAAACCAUCAAAUAAUUCCUCUCUUUCAUCUCUAUCUUCUUCAUCUUCAUCACCAUCAUCUUUUUCUACCACUCAUAAUGAUCUUGUUCAUGAGACUUUUCAAUUCUUUCCUUUGAGUGCAAAAGCAUCAAAAGAGGAAGAUCAUGAAGUGCCAAAAACGGAGGGUUUUGAUGUGAAGGAAGAAAAUAUUACUAUGGCUUUGCAUAUUGGAUUACCUAACAAUAAAGAAGAUAUUGAUGAGGAUGAGAAGAAGAUUUUUCAUGUUAAAGAAGAAGAGAUUUGUAAGAAGAGUUUUCAAAGGUUUUGGAUACCAACUCCUGCACAGAUUCUUAUUGGACCUAUGCAGUUUGUUUGCUCCAUAUGCAACAAAACAUUCACUAGGUUUAACAACAUGCAGAUGCAUAUGUGGGGGCAUGGAUCUGAAUUUAGGAAAGGACCAGAAUCACUUAGAGGAACACAACCAGCUGCAAUGCUUAGACUACCAUGCUAUUGUUGUGCUCAAGGUUGCAAGAACAACAUUAAUCAUCCAAGAGCUAAGCCUUUGAAAGACUUUAGAACUCUCCAAACUCACUACAAAAGAAAACAUGGGACAAAGCCAUUUAUGUGUAGGAAAUGUGGGAAAACAUUAGCUGUUAAAGGUGAUUGGAGGACUCAUGAAAAGAAUUGUGGCAAGUUGUGGUAUUGUAUUUGUGGUUCGGAUUUUAAACACAAAAGAUCUCUCAAAGAUCAUGUUAGGUCUUUCAGAAAGGGUCAUGAUCGAGUUCAGAGUCAUGACGAUCGAGCUUUUGAUGAGGAGAAGGAAUGUGUUACUGGUUCAGAUGAAGAUGGAGUUGUUCGUAUAUGAUCUACGAGUGAAUUUAAUUUCCUUUUUUGUAUUAUCUACUAAUCAUAGUAGCGAAAAUAAUAAAUUACUAUUUUUGUGCUCGGCAGCAAAAAAUUCUCAACAAUAAUGCUUAGGCAAGAAUGUGAGAAUGGUUUGUUACCGAGCACUUAGAAUAGUGAAGAACUGUGAUAUUUAAAGAGGUUUGAUUUGUGGUUAAUUUUAAUAAUUAGAGUUGGUUCAAGUUAUGAAGUAGAUGAAUUUUCUUCUCAUAGAGGGAGUAGGUGUUUGGCAUGUUGAAAUUUGUGUAUUCUCUCAUCAAUGGAGAAAAUUUAUCAGCUUCAUUACCAAAAGGAUUUCUGUAUGUAAGUUUUGUUAACAUUUUUCUGUGUUGGGGUAGCUUAAAGAAGAAUAAAUAAAACAAUAGAGUUUAAUGAAUGAAAGGAGUAUUAUGUUUGAUUGGUUGGUAACUGAAUUAGUUACAUAAACUAGUAGUGCAACUUAUGUAGCCGUCACAGUUUCAAUGUUUAAUUAACUUGCUAGAUUACAUCAAAACUAA